CUGUGCCCGAGCUCCUCUCAGUGGUUUGCUGGAGCCCCGUUCGGCCCUAAUAGGCGGUCUGGACUCGGACCGUAGGGGAGUUGGGACCCGGGCGGUUGGGUUGGUGGUCGGCGGCUGCGGCCGCGGUGGCAUUUUUCGGCCGAUUUGGCCUGUGGGGAGGCUGGGUCGGGGGUUGACGACGGCAGCGGUGGCGGCAUUGUGGGUGUUGGGCCGAGUCUGCGGCCACGUGGGGCAGCAGUGGCGAUCUAGCCUUCGGUGGGGGGGCGGUCCGGCCGGUAUUUGGGCUGAUUGGCCUGGAGGGGCCCCCGGGUGGGGGGAUUGUUCUAGGCUGCUGGUUGCUUGGGCUGCGAGCCCACUAGGGGGUGCUAGGGACUCCCUGGGAGGCUGUUGCCGGGCUGACAGGCCCGGGUGAUUGACAGCUCUUAGGGCUUUUUCCCUCUGUCUCUGUUGGGCCUUCUGGGUGUGGCUGCCUGGGAGGAGUGUGGCCUAGCACUGUGGGGUGUGAUCAGUGGGAAUGCUGCUUGUUUUGGAUUAGUCGAUAUAUCUAAUUAAAAAUAAAUAGAUAGAUAUAAAAUAAUUAAGUAAAUACAUAAAUAUAUAAAUAAAUUUAUUAAUUUAAUUAAAAAAAAAACCCAAACCAGUAGAGACAGAAGGAGUAUUGAACAAUUUCGUACGUAAUAAAAUCAAAUAAGGGUAGAGUGGUCAUGCCUCCCAGGAAGGCAAAAGGGAAAGCCGGGGGGAAGCCGAUCAAGCCUCCUAAGCGUCCUGCACCCCAGUCUUCAUCAUCGGAUGAGGAUGAUGGGGAAAUGACCCUCAUUAAGGGGAUGAUACAGCGGCUGGAGGCUUUGGAGCGGGCCAAGGCGCUGCCAUCAGAUAUGGGGGCAGGGCCUUCUGGUAAGGGGGGCAGAACUCGGACGAGGGGGGCCGCAAGGACUCAGUUAAUUGAUUCUUUAUCUGUUAGACUGAAGGCCAUGGAGGAGAGGCUAAGCGGCCCGAGUGAUGUGCCAGUGGUAGUUUUGGACGAGGCAGCAGUUCCGGGGGCGUUGCAGCAGGAGGAGUCUUCGUCGGCGGUGGAGAUGUCAGCUGUUGCUCAGCCGGUUGGACAGGUUUCGGGAACUGGCGCCGGAGGCUAUGCGGGACCCGGAGGUCAUGCCGGAAGCCCUGUGGAGGCUUGGCACGUAGCUGCGCGGCAGGCCAUCGAUGCCUCCUUGGCGCCCAGUACCAGGGUUAGUUAUCGGGCAAAGGUAGGGGCAUUCUCUACGUUUAGGAGACAAGAGGGCCUUGUGGAAGCAUGGCCUGUGCCUGUGGAACAUGUUAUGCAGUUCCUGGUGUCUCUUUUUAGGGCAGGUAAGGCGGUCUCGACCAUGGGAGGCUACGUCUCCGCUUUGGCCUUCGAGGCUCAAGUGCAGGGGGUGCAGGACACUACAGGUGAUCCUAGGGUUAAACGCAUGCUGGAGGGGUGGGCGCGGCAGCAGCCCAGGGGCCCGGAUAAAAGGAGGCCACUAACCUUGGACGUGGUGGUUGCACUGAUUCGCCAUUUACCUGUCUGUUGCUCUUCCCCUUGGGAAGCUACAUUAAUGAAGGCUGCCUCCUUGGUUUACUUUUUUGGGGCUUUUAGACCCAGUGAAGUUUUGCCAUGGGGUAGGCAUUCGCCUGUGGGGCGUUGCCUGCAGUUUGGGGAUUUGUCGUUUGAGGGUAGGGGAGUCACGUUGCUACUCCGUAGCUCCAAGACUGAUCAGGAGGGGAAGGGGCAGGUGAUUAGGCUCCAUGCUGCCUCGGACCCGGGAAUGUGUCCAGUGAUGGCCUUACGGCAGUAUGUAGCAGGUGGUCCCAAGGCAUCUGGGUGUUUAUUUGUCCAUGAGAGGGGGGAUCCUUUAACCCAGUAUCAGCUAUGGGCUGUUCUGAGGAAGGCUAUGGCCUGUGCUGGUGUGUCAGACUUGGGGUUUAGCCUGCACUCCUUUAGAAUUGGGGCGGCUACUACAGCCAGUGGCCUGGGUUUGGAGGCGAGGGAUGUGCAGAGGAUUGGACGGUGGAAGUCUGAUGCUUUUUUACGCUAUGUGCGCUAAAGCGGCACAGUUGCGGCUGUUUGUUACCUGUUUGUUCUUUUAACAGGUGCUGGCGGGGCAGCGGCUCCGGAGAAGGUGCUCCGGAGAAGGUGCUGGCGGGGCAGCGGCUCCGCUCCACAGGAGAGUACUCCUGUGUGGCCAUUCCUUGGUGUUUUGGGCAUACAAGAGGGCCAGCGCCUCACGUUUUGGGACCCAACUCGGUCUGGGACAGCAGUCCAGAGUGUCUUGGUUGGGUAUGCGGGGGAUGCUUUGGGGACAGUUACUCCCAACUCUGUUAGAUUAUGUUGAUAGGUGUUCCUGUCCGGAUAUUUUGGUCGUGCAUUUGGGUGAGAACGACUUGGGCAAGCGAUCAGGUCUCUCCAUCAUUCAACAAGCCUCUUCUGAUUUUUGGGUCCUUGCGGGAUAGAUUUCCAGGGAUGAGGAUUGUGUGGGUCGAGUGGCUCCAGCGCAGAGUUUGGCGCGGGGUGCACUCUCUAAGGGGGGUUGAACGAGCUCGACGUAAGGCGUCUAAGGCUAUUGGCCGGCUUGUUCUUGAGGAUGGGGGCUGGGUGUUGGCACAGCCCGGCCUGUCGGCUUCAUUGCCACACUUGUUUAGGCCUGACGGGGUCCACCUGUCUGUUCAGGGCUGCGAUUUGUACCUAUCCAAUAUUCAGAGGGGGCUUGGGGAAGUUGUUGGGGAGUGGUGGGGCAGGAAGGCCAAGCUAGGCUGACCUCGCUGUGUGGCAGGGACAGUGCAGGUUUUGGUGGGAAAUAGUUGGGUUUAACUUCGGUGAGCACCCUUGGGACGAGUUAAUUGGUGAUUGGUCAGUCGCUCCCAUGUGGCUUGUGCGGCCCAGGGAGGACAACUUGCCAUGAACCGGCUUCAGGACUUUGCAGAUCCUUGGGCUGCGCGGUCCGGGGUGUGCAAAGCCUAGAAGGUUCCAGACCCUCGAUUGGGGGUUGGUUGAAAGGAGACGGAUCAGGACAGUGCCUGAUGCUCUCCUGAGCCAGGGUGUGUCGCCCAAGCAUGGUCAGGGGUGGACUCGGGGUCCAAACCUGGCCAAUGCUAGGCCCCGCACUGUCUGGGUGGUUGAACAUCACUGUCAAGUUCGCUUGCUCACAGUUGAUUCUUGUAAUAAAGUUAUGACCAAUUCACCCAACAAAUU